CGACCACACGGUCACUCUAAUUUUUGUGUCGUGGCUUGGUUUUGCACUAAAUUUUGUAGUUUUAAAACAAUUUAUUUAUAAAUAACUAUGGCCUUUGACGCGAUACCCAAGGAUCUGCGAGGCCUUCGCGCCUGCCUUGUUUGCUCCCUGGUAAAAAGUUUUGAUCAAUUUGAGACUGAUGGCUGCGAAAACUGCGAAGAGUUCCUGCGGAUGAAGAACAACAAGGACAAUGUGUACGAUCAUACAAGCAACAACUUUGACGGAAUCAUUGCAUUAACCACGCCAACCGACUCCUGGGUGGCGAAGUGGCAGCGAUUGGCCCGCUUCACCCGUGGCAUCUACGCCAUCUCCGUGUCCGGAACUCUGCCGCAGUCCACUUUACGGGACAUGAAGAACCGUGGUAUUGUCUACAAAACCCGAGAUAGAAGCCAGCGCUAAGCCACCGCAUUGCAGUAAAAAAUACAUGUAUAAAUCUUUAUUUUUAAGUUAUAACAAAAACCACGAAUACAUACAGUAGCAAUACAAAACCGA